GACACACGUCAAAUACAGGCGUGCACGGUUUUCUGGUGAUCUCGCUGCACGCCGUCUCUUUUCUCGGGCAAUCUCUGUAUCACCCUGCAUGCCAUCAACCCCUCCGUGUGGUAUCCGUCUUUCUAGCUUGCUCUUGCUACUCCAUCUUUUCUCUCUGCCCCGCCCCAGCCCUCUCUUUCCCUUACAUCGCACCUACGCCCCGUCUUUGCGCCUUUGCACCUCAUAAUGGCUGAUAAAGAGGGGAGCCUCUCUCACGCAAACGAUGCCGCCCGGGACGCAUACCAGAUUGGACUGAAUUACGAAUCUCUGCCGUCGCCCUUUCUGGGGAACGGAAUCAGUAGUGGCAACGGCAACGGCAAUGGCAGUGGAAUUCGCAACGGUGACUUCACAUAUAACCCCGGAGCCGUUGGUAACGGGGUCAACAGUGGCAACGCCCUCGACGCCAACCGCCCACAGUUGAGCCAGCAUGGGAGCAUAUCGGCGACUGAUAUGAGUCUCUCAAACACGAACCACAGUAAUCUCAGCGGCACCAGGUAUCCAGUCCAGCAGCAGCAGCAGCAGCAGCAGUACUCUACAGGGAUCCAGUACCGUGGUCGAGUUGUGCAUAUACCGCCCGAGCCAGGAUAUCUGGGUCCUCCCACCGCUGGUGUCUACAAUAAGGCGUACUCCAUGGGAGACUCGCAGGUGCCAGUCUCCUGGGUAACUCACAACUACAACCAAAACAUAGUGCAAGCACCGCCCUACAUAUCUGCUGCAUCCCCUUCGCCUUCCCCACCUGACUCUGCUUCACAUAUUGUCAGCGGUAACGACAAUGCUAACCAAACAGAAAUCAACCCCUUGAAAAAUGGCCGACGACCUGGAAAUAUCAGAAACAGCGAAGCCGGCCUGAACGCCGAGCUUCAUGAGAACCCUCCUGUCUUUGACUUCAUAAAGCAGGCAUCACAUACUCACUCGAACCAGGGCAAUGGGAAUAUGACGAAUAUGGCUAGGGGUGUCAUGAACUCACAGGAGGGUGAACUCCCCUCGCAAACCCGUAACAACACUUUCACGGUAUCUACAGCUGCUCCAAGCAGUGCAGUUGCUACUCUUCCUAGUACAACGGGUAAUGCUAAUUUCCAGUUCAGCAACCCCAAUUCCAUAUCAAGUGGCUUGCCUGUGUACCACCACCAGCAUCACCCCCAUUACCAAGCCUCUCAAGAACUGAACCGCCCCUACUAUCAAGAAUUCCAGUCAGCCCACCCAAACCAUCGCCCGUCAAACAUUUCAUUGAAUCAUUCACAACAGCAUAUGCAUCAUCACCCUGCUCCAUCACAACCACAAGCAAAUCAUCACAUCCAUCAGCUGAAAAAUCAACUCAUACCAGCCUUUAAUUCUCCUUCAACAUCAUUGGAAAACUCUAUCAAAAGCUCCAUUUCUUCCCAUAAUGUGCGGAUGCAGCCGAUACAGCAACAAUCUCAGAUACAUGUCAGCAAGCAGCAAAUGCUUCUUCAAGAGGCGCAGCCAUUUGUGCAGCAGCACUCUAAUCCAACGCAGACGCAUAACUACAAACAAAAUCACAACCUCAGUUCUACUGGUCGGAAGAUCAUCAAAUCACCAGCUACUCAGAUAUCAAAUAUAAUAAAUCAUGAUGUUCCUGCAGUUAGCCCCAUUAACUCAACACGAAAUUCAAGAUCAAGUAUUUCCAGUUUACUCUCAGAUCCUAUACCGGAGAAAAUCGAUAAUCCUAGCUCAAAGACUCCAAGACCAUUAAAGGCAGAGAAGAUCGCAGUAAUGGCAGAUGACUUACAUAAAAUAGGAGAAGCAGAUGAAUCUGAAAAAGUUACAGAACUAGAAAGCGCUGAAUUAGACAAGAGCAUCAAGUUGAAUUCCAAUUUGAUAUCAAACGACAAAGCUUUGCCAGAUUCUAAAGCACGUGAUGGCAAUGAAACGCCAGUCAAUGCAGUGGUGCAUCUAGAUCCAUUCAUCACUAGUUCACCAGCAGACAAGUUUAUUACAGCUCUACCUGUUGAUGAAUCAUAUGACACGAGUUUGAACGAAUCAGUCAUCCAAGCCAAUUCAGUUGCAACAACUAAAACAAAAUGCGAAAGUAAGGUAACUCAGAAAAUACCUGCUAAAAGAGGAAGGAAACCUAAAAAAGUCAAAACCCAAGUUCUUGUCGUUAGUGACAGAAAUAAGGGCAAUAAAUCAGAAAAUGAAACGGAAGCGGCACCAGAAAAGAAGAAGGAUGGCGUAACGGACCCCAUUAAGGUUACGGAAAAAGAAGAAGCUAAAGUAGAUGCAAGAGGUAACGAAAAGGACCGGCAAUUGUUCAAGAAGACGGCCUCCACGUCAAAGUUCAUUACACUGAAAAUCAAUAGCAAUAAGCUAAGGAAUAUUUUAGAUGCUGCUACGGAAUCAACGUUAACAUCCUUACCGCCCAAAUCUGGUGACUCUGAAUUACUGGUUUUAAUAGAAGAGAGAAGCCCGAAAGAGGGCAAUACCAUCAACAACGAGACUAUCGAAAUGACGAACCAGCAGCUAGUACAACUUCAGCAAAAUAAUAGGCAGCUAGUUUCUCACCUUGAUGACAUCAAAAAGGCAUUACCAGAUCUUUUUCAACUCAAUGCCGAGAGUAUUCCCCAUCUUCCAAAAGGGUACGUUCCAUUAAUCAUGGCUCCUAAUGGUUUGCUGAUUCCAAUGGAAUAUAUCAGUGUGGAUCCAAGGGAACGGAAGGUUUCCAUAAUGCGCCCUUUGUGGGAGGCCACUAGUGGUGCUACUGAUGCUGAUUCUUUAGCUAAUGGCAUUUCUACAAACGCAAUCGAUGAAAACGUGGAAGAGAUCGAAGGAUCGACUAGGAAUGGCAGGAAGGAUUUUGGGUUUGACAAUGCAGAUAAACUUGCAUCACUACAAUUGUAUUUAUUUUCCAAAGAGGCUAAGAUGAACAUGAAUAAGGUUGAGAAAGUAAGAGGUUGCAAACGAUUCAGGAAACAAAUUAGUUAUUACGCUAGGCUCUUAGAAAGAGAACAAAUGGGAUUUAUAGAAAACUACAGACAGGAGAGAAACAAAUGUCAGAAAAUGCUAAACCGUCUUGAAUCUGGUGAGGAAAUGACAGAUACGGAGAAAGACCUUUUGGAAAAGAAAGAUUACGAAAUGUUGAGGGAGGAGAUUGCAAAGAACUAUAACGAUGAACACAAUUAUUUGAGUUAUUUGGACCAUGUUAUCGAGUUGGAGAGUAUACAAUGUCUUGACUACGCUGCUCGGCUAGUAAAGUUGAAAAACUACUUGAACAUGGAACGAGUGAGGCUGGAGCGACAUAAAAACCGACUGUGCAGGAUCAACACGAAUAAGAGCCACAGCAUCUGGAAAAGGUAUGUGAAGACCGGUGGGAACCGGGGUCGGAGGGCCAACGUGGAAUCCAACAGCAGUUGCGGAAACAACUCGAACUCGAACACAAACUGGAACGUGAACUUGAACCUGAUUUCGCAGAACGAUUUCAUGCUACUCACGAACCCGAACUCCAGGGCGUACGGGACCUAUGUUUUGAACAAUUCCAUGGACAAGGGGAACGAGAACCAGAGCGAGAUUGUGGAGCUUGUGGAGUACUUGCUUCCGGAGAAGUCCACUUUGCGGGAGCUGUACAGGGAGAUGAAGCGGCUGGAGAGCGACAACCACGACAGGAACGCCAAAAACACGUCUGUGAACAGCGUGCAGAAGAACGACAUGAUCAGCAAGUACGGGUUGAAGGAGUCGAACAGCUCCACGGGGAACCGACUUUUGCGGGAGUUGCAGAUCGACGGGAUGAACGUCGACUUCCACAAGAAUGACCGCGUCGAGCGGAGGGGCUCUGGGCAGCGCAAGGCCCGCAACAGCGUGAGCAGCUGGCGCCACGGCGGCCACGGCGGCCACGGCGCCACGAGGAACGCCCACGCCGGCAGCACAGACCUUUCUGGCGUCGCCAGCGAGAACCCCGACCUCCACGACGGUGAAGACACCCCAGACAGCUGCCAGGGAGACUACAGCUUGAGGAACGCCGCAGCCGGCAUCAACAUGCUCCGGGAGCGCAGCGCCAGCAGGAGCGAUGAGCAGGACAGCGCCGAGCAGGAGGCCGGCGCCUACGGCGGUCUCGUCGACUUGGCCGCCGCCGCCGGCAGCCCUCCGCCGACCGUCACCGGCACGGGCACGGGCACGCGGAACGUCUUGAACAUCACCAGCUGUCUCGACCCGACCCUGCGGGACGUCGACCGCGUCAAGAUGCUCAACCUGAACACCGAGGAGAUCGGCCUCAGCUUCACCCGCGUCUACGGAAUGCCCAAGGGCCUUCGCCCGGACGAAGUCGACGCCGACCUUGCCUACCUGCGGAGCGCCCUGCACUAGCGGGCCCUGCGCUAGCGGGCCCUGCGCUAGCGGGCCCUGCUCGUCUCUUUUUAGCCUUGUGUACUGCCACCUCUAACUCUCGUCUACAUGUUCCGUAGCCAUCACCAUCACCACUCUCGCCACACCCCCGCGGACGACUGCGCAGACGCGACUCCCGCUUUCCGCGGCAGACCGGCCGAGCAAGCUGGCGCGGGGGGCGGAAAGCGCCCACGCGCCUCGCUGCAGCUGUUACCCGGCCGCCCGCAGCCAGAGGGGGCGGCGGAGAGGGUUUGCAGACAGGGUUAGGGGCGGUGCAGGGCAGCAGGCUCUGCUGCGUACACGCAAUGCAGCAGCGCAGACGGAU